CAGUCUGCGUGGUAACGGCUGCGUUGUUUGGAAAAUUUAAAGAUCCUUGAUUGUUUGGCGCUGAUGGUACCGCGGAUUUUAAACGACAUUUCUAUUGUUAUUAUCAUAGACGUUUUCCGUGGUCAUAGUAUAUCUACAGACACUUAGUUUUAGGCUGCACCAAAGAAAUGAACGGCCAGGAAAUGGACGAUAUUGCUUUUACAGAAGAUGACAUUCAGCAGCAACUGGUUUUGCUGGGCUACAACAAUAUACCAAGACACAGGCUCCAUGAAUUCAAAAAAGGUUUUAAAUUUUCUUUCUUUCAAGAUCUUGAACAACUGAUCAGACAUGAAAGAUCAAAAAGCCAGACUUCCAGCGAAAGAGUUUCUCCUCAGUCCUACAGCAGUGGUGGCAAGAACUCCCCUGCUUACGGUUCCCAGAGUGAAGCCACUUAUACCCAUAAACCCUGUGCUACUUCUAGAAAGAAGUUUCCACAACCAGAGAGACAAGUGCAGUUGUCUACAUAUGGAACUGAGCAUCCCAGCACUUCUCCAAGGUUCCAGCAAUAUGACUCUUACAUCAUGCACUCUGUGACACCAACAUUUCCACGGCCCACUUCUGCCCCCUGCAGGCUAGAUGUAGAGAACAACUCAGAAAGCAUAAACAGCACUUUAGAGUCUGCUACAAGUAGUUCAACAAACCCAGACAGACCACAGGGUUCUUACAGGAAACCUGCAAUCAAGAGAAAAGUACUAAGGAAACAGAAUGGACAGGCUCAUGUCUGUGAUGAAUCGAUCCACAGUGAAGCAGAAUUAGAUGCCGUCCGUAAACUGGAGGAAAGACUCGCCGGUCUACAAAUGUGUUCAGAAGUGUCAGACUUUGACCUGGAGACUGAUGAAAUAGGGAGCUUGAGUGAGCAAUCCAGCUCAGAUGAGGCAAGACCUCGCUCUGCCUUUCAGCUGUACACCAGAGAUGCUUUGAGAUCUGCAGAAACUGAGCGUGAUUCACGUAGUUCAAGUCGACCCAAGUCUUUUAUUCGUCCGCAACUGGAUCACCCUCAUAAAAGGAACCUAAAGAAAAAUGAUCCUGUUUCAAAGUAUUUUCAGUACAAACAAGCCUGGGAAGCUUUCAGACCUCCUGAAGAAAAAGAGCACAAAGGGCUGCGCUGGGGAAUAAGGGAACAAAUGCUGUACAAGAGCCAACUACCAUCUAAGCCCCAGCGCAUUUAUGUUCCCAAUACGUACGAAGUGCCAACUGAGAAGAAAAGAUUAGCACUGAGGUGGGAAGUACGACAUGACUUGGCAAAAGGAUUAAUGCCACAGAAGGUCUUUUAUCCAUUUUAGCAAAAGUACAACUACUGUGCUGCACAGCUAUGCAGUAAUAACACUAUGUAACACAAUUUUUGUUCCUGGAUAGUAAGUGUUAUUUCCUAAUUGCUUAUGCUUAAAUUUAC